AUGAAGUACCUCACCGCCGUCAUCGUCGCCCUUGCCACGUCUUCCAACGCCGCUGUCUGCAAUUACGGAUGGGGCAAGCCGGCGGGAUCAACAUGCCCUGGAGUCUACCCUAACACAUACUGCAGGGUGAAAACAUCAAAACAUCUAGCAACUUUCCAAUUCCCCGAACUUGUUCGUAUCCUGGCAACGGACGUCCAGUUCUACAAUCGUGCCUUGGUGGAAGAGGUUUCGUCGAAUGUGUAG